AUGGAACGAUCAUACGACAAUAUUUCGUUGCAGCUUGAACGGAUUUCCGCAGAAAUCACCAAAUUGGAAUCACGAUUGAGCACGCACGAACACCGUGUUGGGGAGAUUCAAGCUCCUCCGUUGUGGGAGCAGCAACCCUCCUACCAGCCGCUGCACGAGCGCCCUAUUUCCAGUAGUUAUAACGCGCGCCAGAAUGACUACGACCCACCUCCGUGGCCUGAUCCAGACCCCCCAUAUAAUCCCACGGCGAGCGAAUUCCAAGGUUCAUCACAGCAAGACCACAGGCAGCCCGCCUAUUUUGGGUCAGUACCGCCGCCGUUGUACCAACCCGAAUGGUUCCCACUACCGCAGUCCUACCAGUCGGACAGGGCAGAACUAUUCGACAAGUCGUGGUGUUCCCAGACUGGAAAUCAGCCUUGGCAGACCGAGUAUCGUGCGACCGACCGCUGCAUUGAUGAACUACGGUCCCUGCCGCUUCCCAAACCAGAACGGCUCUAUGAACCAGCACCAACCCAUGGUCCGGAACCCUACUACACUCUGUCGGGGCAGCAAGACCGUGCGUGGAGCUACCAUCUGGAUCGCCCAAGCCUCCCACCACUGCCAAUAAUCAAGCCAACAUCGUGUUGGGGCCCACCGCCACAAGGCGAUCCCUUCGGACCCCCACAAUUUGACCAACAUCAGCCACUGUCGUCGCCGAUGGACCAUCCUACCUGUUGGGACCCACCGGCAGGGCCGGCUCUGGGGGCAGGCAACCCAGGCCACGGCCAGGGGCCCAGGAUGGACAGGGGCCCAAAAUUUUUUUGCGCUAUAUAA